GAUGCUGGAGGCGCUGGUGCAAGGGAUCAAGACCUACUUGGAACGGAUGUUCGGUGAGGCGCUGGCGGCAGCGCACGUGUCCGCCGGCUUCCACUAUCCCGUGCGGCCGCAGUACAGCACGCUGCACCUGCAGAUCCGGGUGAACGCCGGCGACGUCUGUCCAGGCGAGGGCCGCGGCGUCGACCUCUUCAGGCUGCAGAACCGGUUGAAGUCCGACCCCGAGUGCUUCCAAAGAGACGACGAGACGCUCUUCUACGAGGCCACGGCGAACUUGAGGAUGGCCUUGCUGAAAGCCUGCGACAAGGCGCCGAGCUCCUGUCGAGAGGUGGGGCCCAAGAGCUUGGUCUUGGGCGAAUGA